AUGGGAGCCUGUGGGAGCAAACCUAAGGAAUCUCACAUCGUCGAAAGCCUUGUCCCCACCGACAAUGUUGUUGUUGAUUCCAAGAAUGAAACAGAUACCACAUUAGUUCAGCUUGAAGAAUCAGUCCAAGUUCUUGAGACUAUUGUUUAUGAUAUGUUUGAUUCGCAGGAGAAGACAGAAGAGUCUAGUGAUGAGGCAAAAACGGAAGGUGAGACAAAAGAGGACUCCUCAGAGGCAACCGAGGCCGAGCCAACUCCAGAAGCUGUGAAGUCAGAUGAGAAAGUUCCUUCUGAGACUGAGCCACCAAAACAAGAGACUGCACCUGCCAAAACCGAUGAGGCGCCUCUUGUGAUUCUUUGA